CGCUUCACUCGCAUGGGAAAGUGUAAAACAGAGCGUGGCAUCAAAUGAGCACGGAUCCGAUUUCGCCUCCUCGCUGCGGCACAUGGGCACGGCGCAGCGACGGUGACCGAUUUGGCAGCGCUUCACCAGACACAUAGACCAAUGAAGCAGGGUUGCCGAUUGCCGGCGACCCGGCGACGGCGUGCAGGCUGCCGGCCCGGGUUCUGUUUAUUCCAUGUAUCUGGUUCAGGAAAUUUCCAUUUCAGUCAGCCGAAACACGGCGCCCGGAGGCUGCACAAACAAGUGGGGAGUUGACAAACUGUGCUAGUUACGCCCCGCGUCAACGGGGAGUCAAGAUAGACGGAGCUAAAGAACUCGCCUCCGCCGCGUGCAGUCGACCUCAACACACACGGACACAGCGAUUGCGCGUGAAGCCCUCCAAGAUUCUUCGUCUCCGACCAGCAAUCCCGCCCGUCUCAUGACCUCGGGACGUCUCGCUUGAGAGGUUGAGCCAGCGCCACCGCCUCGCCCCGCCCCACUCAAGCUACGUCCAGCAUGGGCGCCGCCGUCGGGAGGCCAGCUUUCGGCCUCGCGGUCGCGCCGAGGACGACGCACGCGGAGGAGCGGCUCGCCGUCGCGGAGCACGCCCUGCUCCAGUGGGCACGCUCCCCCGGCGCCGACACCGGCGUCUGGGACGCGGACGCGAGCUACACCAACAGGGGUCUCCUCGCCGCGGUCGACGACGUGCUGCUCCUGGCCGAGGAGGACCCCUUCCCUCUCCACCCCGCGGCCUCGCCCGCGCGCCGCCGCCUGGACAGCGCCGUCGGCGCCGCCGCGUCGCGCAUGGUCGAGGAGUUCCAGCGCGUCAGGGUCUGGGACGCCUCCCCGCUGCGCACCGCCGUCGACAGGCUCUCCCUGGCCUCCAGCGGCGUGUCGCUGCUGGUCUUCCCCAGCUCCGGCGACAGGACCAGCUCGGCAAGCUCCGGCGGGGAGGUCGACGCGUCCGACGGGACCCGGUCGAGGGCCAGCUCGGGCGUGCCUGACAAGGUCGCAGCUCUGUUGGAAUCCGAGGUCUGGGAUGAGCUCGACCUUGUCCGCCCCGCGGGCGUCUCCGUCCUCCACGAGAUCGCGCUUCGGAUGGUCCGUGCCGGCUGCACCAAGGAGCUCUUCCGGGCGUUCGCAAACGCUCCAUGCGAUGUGCUAGACAGGUUCUUGUCGAUUAUUCGUGUUGAAUGCUCGCAGCGGACGACGGAGGCUGUGAUCAAGCGAUGGACCACGGUGACAAAGAUCAUCGGCAAGGCCAUCGUCGCCAUGCGAAGGCAGCUGCACGCGCAGACCCCAGGCGCCUUCGACAGUUUCAGGGACGAAUACUUGCUGGCCAUCGCAGAGAACCGCACCCUGAUCCUGCUCGAGUUCGCCGACGGGUUCACCACCAUCAUGUCGCACGAGAAGCUCGUGUACAUGCUCGGCAUGUACGAGGCUCUCAGCGACGCCGCUCCCAGCCUCCUGCUCCUGUUCAGCGGGGCGCGCAAGGAGCUCGUCUCUGAGCGGACGCAGGAAAUUCUCACCAAACUGGGCGACGCGAUGAAGGUCAUGGUCAGCGGCGUCAUGGCCAAGAUCCAAGGCGACUGCCCGCGCAAGCCGAGCGCGCCGGGCGGCGUCCACCCGCUGGCGCGCGACACCAUGGCCUGCGUCGAGCUGCUGGCGCGGCACCGCACCACGCUCGACCUGAUCCUCGCGGACGGCGACGGACGCGGCACCCCUGCCGUCGCCGGCUCCCUCGCCGCCGGCUUCGUCGCGGAGCUGAUCGCGUGCCUGGAGCGGAACCUCCAGGGGAAGCUCGCUCUCGCCUGCGCCAACGCGGGAGGCUCGCGGCACCUGUUCCUGGCGAACAACAUCGGCUUCAUACUGAGCCGCGCCGCGGACGCCGGCGACGUGGCGUCGCUUCUCGGGGACGCGUGGGCGGCGCGGCGCCGGGGCCGGCUCGCGCGGCACGUAGCGAGCUACGCCGAGUCGUGCUGGGGCACGGCCAUCGCUCUCCUGGAGACGCCCGUGUGCGGCAGGGGCAAGCCGGCGAAAGUUCUGGCGGAGUUCGACGCCGCGUUUACCAGAGCGCGCGACAGCGAGGCGUGCCGGGAAGUCCCGGACCCGGCGCUCCGUGCGGCACUGCGGAACGCCGUGUCGGAGAUGGUGGUUCCGGCUUACAGCGCGUUUCUGCAGAAGCACCCCAAUCUUGGAACAUCCGUCAGGUACACCACGGAUGAUGUGGCCGAAUCACUGUCGGAAUUGUUCGAAGGAGAAUCCGUGGAUAGCAGGAAAUCCUAGGCUUCCUUUGGAUAUAGAUAUUGGAGGGCUUGGUAUUGAAUUAGGAACAAUACCAAAUUAGCCUAGGCAUUGAAAUGGAUCCAAUACCAAAGCAACUGUUUGGAUGUAAAUGAAAUUGGCAGAUGGAAUUCAACCGAAAACGAAUACCAAUUCGUGUUUGGAUGUCCUUAACAUCAAAUUAGAAAUUCACUCCU